CUGUGGCUAUAUAUAUACAUAAAUUACAGAAUAAAAAUGAUCAACGGAGGACUCACACAACAAGAGCUUGAGUGUCUCCGAUCCCCAUUUUCAUUACCAUUAAUACCAUCAUCACCAACUGUUCAUCCCUUUUCCAAGAACCACCACGGUCCCUCUGUGUAAAAGUUUAUCAUGUUAUCAUCAAACUCUUACAGAAUGAAGCAUGAUCAUGGUCUUCUCUCUCUGUCCAGAAACAGCUCCAGCAAAAUAACCCCAUCAAAUUACAUCACCUGCACGUUAUUUGUAAUCGAUCCAAAUUGUAUCAACGACAACAAACCCCUUGUCGGUAAAAGCUCUCCUCUAUCAUAAGUAUCCAGAACCCGCUCUGGAAUCUCCACACUUAUACGCUCGCUUCUAACUGUCAUAUCAAUCCCUGCAAUCAUUCCCACCUUCCGGUGGCUAAGCUUACCGACCCAGCUGUCACCAACGCCGUCGCUCGGCCGAAAAGUCACCGGAACGUUGUUUGGUAACCGGAGAGGACAUGUCAGCUUUGCGGUGCAAUAUGAUCCACGGUCCGCACCUGUUCUGAUCAUUGAACUGGCGGUGUCCACGGCGGCGCUCGUUAAGGAGAUGUCCUCAGGGCAAGUAAGGAUCACACUUGAGUGCGAGAAACAGCAACACUCCGGGUUGUCUAGUCGUCGGGGAGACUCUAAGCUGUUCAACGAACCCACAUGGACGAUGUACUGUAACGGAAGGAAUUAUGGAUACGCGUCGUCAAGGGCGUGCUCAGACUCCGACUGGCACACACUGAGCACGGUGCAGAGAGUCUCAGUAGGAGCUGGUGUUCUACCGGUGUUGGAAGGCAGCAGAAAAAGUAGCGCCGGAGGAAGUUGCGGAGAGUCGGAGGGCGAGUUCCUGUACAUGAGAGCGAGAUUUCAGCGAGUCGUGGGGAGUCGUGACUCGGAAGCUUAUUAUAUGAUGAACAUGGAUGGAAACAGAGGGCCUGAAUUCAGUAUAUAUUUACUUAGAGUAUAAUUUAAAAUUUAGUAUAAUUUGAUGGCUGUUGUGUUUCUGUGAUACAUGUUAUUUAGUUUUUCUCAUUUACUUGUCUUAGUGUCUAGCAUUAGAGAGGUAAGAAUUCUUAUAAAAAUCUAUAGGUGAAAUCUCACUCGAAGCCAUUAAUUA